UUCCAUUUUAAAACUCACACUGCAGAAGACAGAGUUAUGAGAUCUACCUGGCAGGGGAAAGCUGGUCGCAGCCCACUCCAGGCCCUGUACGAGAGUGACCAGUUUGAGCAGUCAUCACUGCAGGCGGUUCACCAGCAGAGACGGGAGCUGUUGAGCAACAUCUGCAACCGUUACACCCGCAAGCGGCGUCUCCUGCGUCCGGAUGACUUGCGGCACUUGGUGGUGGAUGACACGCACGGGCUGCUCUACUGCUACGUGCCCAAAGUGGCUUGCACUAACUGGAAACGGGUGAUGAUGGUCCUGACAGGGCAAGGCAAGUACCGGGACCCGCUGGAAAUCCCCGCCAACGAGGCCCAUGUCUCAUCGAACCUGCGCACCCUCUCCGAGUACAGCAUCCCCGAGAUCAACCACCGCCUGCGCAGCUACCUCAAGUUCAUCUUUGUGCGGGAGCCCUUUGAGCGCCUGGUCUCGGCGUACCGCAACAAGUUUACCCGCAGCUACAACACGGCCUUCCACAAGCGGUACGGCACCAAGAUCAUCCGGCGGCACCGGCAGGAGCCCAGCGACAAGGCCCUGGAGCGUGGGGACGACGUGCGCUUCGAGGAGUUCGUCUACUACCUGCUGGAUCCACGGACGCAGCGGGAGGAGCCCUUCAACGAGCACUGGGAGCGGGUGCACUCACUCUGCCACCCCUGCAUCGUCCACUACGACGUGGUGGGCAAGUAUGAGACCUUGGCUGAAGACGCCAACUACAUCCUCCAGCUGGUUGGGGCCGACAUGAGCGUCAAGUUCCCAUCUUCAUCCAAGACCACCAGGACGACAGAUGACAUGACGGCCCAGUUCUUCCAGGACAUUAGCCCCUUCUACCAAAGGAGACUCUUUAAUUUAUACAAAAUGGACUACUUGCUCUUCAAUUACUCCAUCCCCUCAUACCUCCGCAUCCGAUGAGGCAGGGGUUGGGGGGAGAGGCGAAGGAGAGCUGGGUAACUCUCAUCUUGCCACAAUUCCUCUCCUCCCACCCUGUGCUCAUCUCUUCCUUGACUUUUCCCCUGUGCCCUCUCUGUUAUGGUCUGCUCCACAUCCUGAUGCCUCAUUCAUGCAUGGUCUGGAGGGAGGACAACUCUCAAAACACUGGGGCUAGAGCUUUUCCUACCCUUUCCCUCCCACCC